CCCGCAGUUGGUUGUCCCGCCGCCGCCGCCGUAGUGACAACCGGGUAAUCACGCCUCCAAUUAAAUCGUGGUGGCGGCUCGUGCCUGCGGGUUUUUCCCUUCCGAACGUAUUGUACAGCUCUGAUUUCCAGCUUCCCCGUCUUCGACGCCCGUAGCAGCAGCAGUCGCCAUGAUGUUAGCACGGCCUCUAUCGAGGCUCUUCGCGCGGCCACCCAUCGGCGCCACCCCGUCGAUCCUUCGCGCACAACCAUCGAGAUUCCUAGCUACCGAAACUGUCUCCAGCUCCGCCGCUCCGAUGGAGUUGCCGGCCAUGGUGGCGUCGUCGUUCACUCCUCCGCCAGCCCGUGAGGAGCGGGGUUUUGCCAUGAAACGCUACAAGCCGCGCACUCCCGGAGUCCGACAUUUGGUGCGCACGAUCAACGAGCACCUAUGGAAGGGCGGGCCAUUCAAGGCGCUCACGAUCGCCAAGAAGGGGCACGGCAAGGGAGGGCGUAAUCACACUGGCCGCAUCACCGUGCGACACCACGGAGAGGCCACAAGCGGCGGAUCCGCACCGUCGACUUCUUCCGAGUCGAGCCGGGCCCGCACCGAGUCGACCGCAUUGAGCGGGACCCGGGGCGCAGCGGCCACAUCGCGCUCGUCACUAAACGAGGCCACCCAGAAGAAGAGCUAUAUCCUCGCGGCUGAUGGACUGCGCGCUGGUGAUGUCGUCCAGUCCUACAGAUCCGGCAUUCCGAACGAUCUCCUCGCGAGCAUGGGCGGUGUCGUCGAUCCCGGUAUGCUCGCCGCGAAGACCGCCUGGAGAGGAAACUGCCUGCCCCUGCACAUGAUCCCGAUCGGAACGCUCAUCCACGCGGUGGGCUCGGGGUCCAAGGGCCAUGCCGUGUUCUGUCGCUCCGCGGGUACCUAUGCUACCGUCAUCGCCCGCGACGAGAAGACGGACUGUGUGGAUGCGGCCGCGACCGUCGGGGUCGUCAGCAAUCCCACAUGGCAGCACAGGCAGUUGGGUAAGGCCGGUAGAAGCCGUUGGUUGAACAUCCGGCCCACUGUCCGUGGUCUGGCCAUGAACGCUUCCGACCAUCCUCACGGAGGAGGUCGUGGUAAGAGUAAGGGUAACCGCCACCCUGUCAGUCCGUGGGGUAUUCCGACCAAGUCCGGUUACAAGACAAGAUCGGUCGGCAAGCCAAACAAGUGGGUAGUGGUGCCGCGGGUACGCAACCAAGGAAAGAGACGGGCGAAGUCGUAG